GGGUUUGGGGGGAUCUGCUGCCGCGCCGCCACAUGCAAGCUCAACGACCUGGUGAAGCGCGCCAGGGCCGUGCAGGUGCAGGCGCUGGUGCUGCGGCGGCUGCGGCGGGAGCUGCCGGCGCUGCCGGGCGGCCGCAGGAAGCGCCUGGAGCAGCGGCUGCCGGCGCUGCUGGCCCGGAUCCAGAGCGAGCUCCAGAUCCCGCCCGCCGACCUGCCCGACCGCGCCCAGCUCCAGGAGCAGCUGCUGGCCCAGGACCUGUCGCGGCUGCCGAGGCCGAAGCGGCGGCUGCUGGCGGCGCUGGAGGAGCUGCUGGGCCGGGACCUGCCGGCGCUGAGCCCGCUGCUGGCCGAGGCGGCGCCCGCCGAGCCCGGCGUGCGCGGCGGAGCCUUCGACGGCGCCCUGGGGCCCUUCGGGGCCGCCCAGGAGGACGAGGACGACGAGGAGGACGAGGACGACGACGACGAGUGGGUGGUGAUGAAGGACAAGGCCAAGUACGACGAGAUCUUCUACGGGCUGGCGCCCAGCGGGGGCAAGCUGAGCGGGCGGCGGGCGCGGGGCUGGAUGGUGGCCAGCAACUUGCCCAGCUCGGUGCUGGGCCGCAUCUGGCAGCUCAGCGACGUGGACAGGGACGGCAUGCUGGACCACGAGGAGUUCGCGCUGGCCGGCCACCUGAUCGGGGCCAAGCUGGAGGGCCGGGGGCUGCCGGCCGACCUGCCGCCCCGCCUGGUGCCGCCCUCCAAGAGGAGGCACAAGGGCUCGGCCGAGUGACCCCAAAAAUCCCAUUGAAAACCCCCAAAAUCCACCCAGAAAUACCCAAAAAAUCCACCCAGAAAUACCCAAAAAAUCCACCCAGAAAUACCCAAAAAAAUGCACCCAGAAAUACAAAAAAAAAUCCACCCAGAAAUACCCAAAAAAUCCACCCAGAAAUACCCAAAAAAAUGCACCCAGAAAUACAAAAAAAAAUCCACCCAGAAAUACCCAAAAAUCAGGGAUUCGCGGAUGCCGCCCCGCCUGGCGCUGCCCUCCAAGAGGAGGCACAAGGGCUCAGCCGAGUGACCCCGAGAAUCCCAAAAAUCCCAUUGAAAACCCCCAAAAUCCACCCAGAAAUACCCAAAAAAUCAACCAGAAAUACCCAAAAAUCAACCAGAAAUACCCAAAAAAAUCCACCCAGAAAUACCCAAAAAUCAGGGAUUCGCGGAUGCCGCCCCGCCUGGUGCCGCCCUCCAAGAGGAGGCACAAGGGCUCGGCCGAGUGACCCCGAGAAUCCCAAAAAUCCCAUUGAAAACCCCAAAAAUCCACCCAGAAAUACCCAAAAAAUCAACCAGAAAUACCCAAAAAUCAACCAGAAAUACCCAAAAAAAUCCGCCCAGAAAUACCCAAAAAUCAGGGAUUCGCGGAUGCCGCCCCGCCUGGUGCCGCCCUCCAAGAGGAGGCACAAGGGCUCGGCCGAGUGACCCCAAAAAUCCCAUUGAAAACCCCCAAAAUCCACCCAGAAAUACCCAAAAAAUCCACCCAGAAAUACCCAAAAAUCCACCCAGAAAUACCCAAAAAAAUCCACCCAGAAAUACCCAAAAAAUCCACCCAGAAAUACCCAAAAAUCCACCCAGAAAUACCCAAAAAAAUCCACCCAGAAAUACCCAAAAAAUCCACCCAGAAAUACCCAAAAAUCACCCAGACAUACCCAAAAUCCACCCAGAAAUACCCAAAAAAAUCCAUCCAGAAAUACCCAAAAAAAUCCAUCCAGAAAUACCCAAAAAUCCACCCAGAAAUACCCAAAAAUCCACCCAGAAACACCCAAAAAAUCCACCCAGAAAUACCCAAAAAUUCCACCCAGAAAUACCCAAAAAUCAGGGAUUCACGGAUGCCGCCCCGCCUGGUGCCGCCCUCCAAGAGGAGGCACAAGAGCUCGGCCCAGUGACCCAAAAAUCCCGAAAAUCCCAUUGAAACCCCCCAAAAAUCCAUCCAGAUAUACCUCAAAAUUCCACCCAGAAAUACCCGAAACCCACCCAGAAACACCCAAAAUCAGGGACCCCAAUAAAGGCAGAGCAGGGCUGGA